UUUGGUAAGUUGGAGUUGCUACAUUUUUGGUGAUGAUGAUAGUGGUUAAGAUGGUGGUGAUAGUGAAGGUGAUGAUCAGGGCUUUAUCCAAGCACCAACUGACAAAGCACAAACGGAGGUCAAAACUCAAUCUUAAAUUGAGUUUUUAACUGAAUCUUUCCCCCAACGAAAAGAAAAAAAACAACAAAAAAUCAUUUUCACACCCUUUAGUUUUUGGAAUUCCGAGAAACAGGGUUAUCUGAGCUGGUUUUCUUUCCAAAUAAAACGACAUGUUUAUGUUGUAAAGCUACCUCUAUCGUAUAUUUUGUGUCUUGUGCCCACCAUGCUUAGAUGGCAUGCAUGUUUGGAUUUCUGAUAAAAAUUUUGAUCAAAUCAGCACAAAAUGAAAUGGGAUGAUCGAAGAAUAACAGAUACUACAAAUACAAAGUAUAUUUUUCGAACUAAGAUCUAAAUUUUAUACACAAUCUUGAGCUGCAAGAGUGAAAAAGCCGCAGAAAAUGCGCUCGAAUACGAGUACAUCUCUUUGGUAUUGCACAAUGUUUACAUAAGAUUACAUCAUUCACAAACCACGCGGUUACAUCCGAGCAACGCGGUGGCAACAUAGUCUAAGAUGCUGAAAUAGCAAAAGCUUUCAGGGACUUUGCCCCUUUGCUACAUUCGUGCGUCACAAACACUGAAUCUUCUUUUCUAAAAAGGGGGUCAGUAAAAGUGCUUGGAUAAAGCCCUGAUGAUGAUGGCAGUGGUGACGAUGAAGAUGGUGAUGAUGAAGAUGGUGGUGAUGAUGGUGAUGAUGGUGAUGAUGGUGAUGAUGAUGAUCAUGAUAGUGAUGAUGAUGGCAGUGGUGACGAUGAAGAUGGUGAUGAUGAAGAUGGUGGUGAUGACGAUGAUGAUGGUGAUGAAGAUGGUGAAGAUGGUGGUGAUGAUGAUGAAGGUGAUGAAGGUGAUGAUGAUGGUGAUGAAGAUGGUGAUGAUGGUGGUGAUGAUGGUGAUGAUCAUGAUAGUGAUGAUGGUAAUGAUGGUAAAUGUGAUGGUGAUGAGGAAGAUGGUGGUGGUAAUGAUGGUGGUGGUGAUGAAGAUGAUGGUGUAUUGAUAUCGUUUUCCCAGAACAAACAGCUCAACUAUAAAUGAUUUCUCAACUUAAUUUUCUAGAGUUAUCGUAUCUACAAUGCAUACACAAAUAAAAAGUUAUGCAAAGCGAAUGUUCCAAUAUUGGACUUAUUCUCGUUGUUGGACAGCCAAGUCCACACUGGAAACAAAGACAGAUCAAGAACAAACUCUACGUUGGAGUCGGUAGAAAGAUUACUGGUAGACUACUUCGAAUUAACAGCAGAUAAAUAG